AUGGAGGCGUUCAUGGACGACGAAUCGGUCUGCACCGUUGCCAAGGACCUCGCACCCAAGACGCCUACGGCCUUCCAGCUCGAGAACUUCGCCCCGGGCAAGAGGAUUCGCGUUACGGUUACCAUUGGAGAAAAAGAGGUCCGCGAGGCGCGCUUCACGUGCCCCAGCCGCGAUCAGGACCAGUGGAAGAUCGCCACGGUUAGCUGCAACAACCAUGCUCUCACGGAGAAGAUCAAGCUGUGGAAGCGCCUUACGAGGGUGAUCGGUGACGUGGACUGCAUCCUGCACCUGGGCGAUCAGAUCUACGGAGAUGUGGACUUCGGCACCAAGGAGAGCGGAGAGGACUUCGAGUCUGCGUGGCACGCGUCUCUGACCCUGCUAGAGCCGAUGGAGAGGGGGGAGUGGGACAACCACCAGGAGGAAGUGCGCGAGUUUUACCGCGAAUGCUACCGCACGACAUGGAACAUGCCCUUCACAGCCAUCUGUCUCGCGAGCGCGGCUAACUACAUGAUCUGCGAUGAUCACGAGUUCACUGACGAUCUCGGAGACGAGCCGGAGCACCACAACCCGUCCACCCUGGCGUUCUAUGUGGCCACGCUGGCCUACCAGGUCUACAACGAAUACCAGCAUCAGCUUCACGAGGACUGCGACGUGACCGACCUCAGCAUCAAGCCCUACUACGCCUGCAAGCUCAGCCCCCGUGUAGGGUUCUUCAUGACCGACAAUCGUGUCGAGCGCAGCCUUCACAGGGCUCAGGGAACCAAGUCCUCCUGGGAGAACCGCGCUUUCAUGGGACCAGCGCAGUGGGAUAGGGUGACUGAGGCCUUCGAAAACGACUUCGACUCGUGCGACGUGGUCAUGUUCGGCACUCCUACCCCUCUCGUCUUCCUAAGCCAGACGGCUACCGGGGUGGCGCAGAAAAAGAUUGACGAUGCGCGGGGCACUUGGGGGCACAGCGACUUCAAAAUCGAGCAGCAGGCUAUCACAAAACUGCUUUCGGACUGGCAGAACGCUCGCAGGAACCGGGCCGUCAUCACGCUUGGCGGUGACGUGCACAUGGGUGGUUUCACCGAUUCGUGGCACAACGGGUCUGACAUCCCCCUUCACCAGCUGACGGCUUCUGCUGUGGGGAACCAGCCUGAGGGAGGCAUGACCACUCCCAGAGAGGUGGCCCUGAGGAGCGCGAUGCACGCGGAUGAGCGCUUGUUCGACUUCAAGGUGGAGCACCACGAGUGGAUAUACGGCGCGAACUACGGCAUGUUGGACUUCAAGCUCCACGAGCAGGGCCACGGCCGCCACCGCCCUCAUGUCACCCUGACUCUGGUGGGGGAGAAGGGAGACCCCAAGGUCCGCAACCUUCAGUUCGGAAACUCGUCGGUUGGGCUAAAGAACAGGGAGCACUCCGAGGCUUCGGAAGCUGCCCACGCGGCUGCCGAGGUCAUGGGGGUUCCCCCCUAAGUCUCAAGACCAAGUCUUGCAGUCUGAUGACCAUAAUGAUAGUCUUGAGACGAAGUCUUGAGUCUUAUCACCAAGUCUUGAGACCAAGUCUUACGUCUUGAGUUCAAGUCUUCAUUUAAGACUGAAGCCUUCAAGUCUUAAGACGCGACGCACCAUUGCGUCUCCUUUGGUGACGAUAACGACGGGACCCUUCCGUCUCUUGAUCAAUCUUUUAUCCUGGAUCGUCCGUUCCACGAUCGUUUGAAUCAGCCGGCCGCUCUCGCUUGCACGGCAGCUGUAUGUAUUUGCCGCGUUGCUUGUCCUCAUUGUCCGGGGAGAUAUGAUGGGCGACGGAAGAGAACCAAGGAUUGCGCUUGGGAAUCGACAGACCCGUCGGGUCAAGUUCCGGGCUUUAGGGAUGAGGCGCGUAGGGGGUUGGGGUGUACUCGUGUGCACGCAUGCCGUAGUGGUGAGACCUCCUGUCCAUGCCGGGACGCGGCCCAGGCUGUAAUAUACAAGAAUGAACCAGAGUUGGUCAUUUGCGUUUGCGGUGCCAAAGCAAAAAUAAAUGUGAUCAACGGGGGGAGAGAUAAUGUUGACUCUGCUGGUAACCAACCCUCAUGACCGGGCUCUUGGUCUCCGGUAGGGUGGGGCAUAUCUUCUUUAAACUGAGUCACACCACCCUCUAGGGCGCCAACCCAACUGCCUUCCCCUCGUUGUUGUUGUCUGGUCAAGCGUAGGUUUUGGUGUCGGUUGUAGGCGAAUUGUUUGCUUCGUCGUUCGUAUGCAUAGCGUUUGUGACCUACGCUGUUGAGUACAAAAUGGUUUGAACUUUGUUGCUGUUUCAUUGGUGCGCAGGUUUAGGUACGCACGUAAUUACACGCCAAUGUAUGACUUUUCCAUGUUGUCCUUGUUGCGGCAGUCUGGAGGUCCCGCUUUUUUUUAUUUUUUAUUAAUUAGUCUAUUGCACAACGGAUCCAUCUCUAUCCGCAAAUAAGAAAAAGAGUCCAUACUAGCAAUUGAUUCAUAGUGUCGGCGGAGUGGAAGCUACCUGGGUUUCUACGGCCCCCCGAGCGGUACAUACCACUGUCUCCCCCGUGGGUGAAUGGACGGGUAGGCCAAGGAAAGAACGAAACAAGAACGACGUCCAGCAGUUCGUGGUUCCUGGUUUGCGUUCGAUUUUGUUCAUGUGGGCGAAGUAGAGCAACCAGUCGUGUGGAUCACGUUUACAGGGUUGACGAAGCGGGAAAGGCAGCGUGAGAUAUAGGAACCGCGCCUGAGAGAGGGGAGGGAGAGGAACCAGAUGCUCAAGACAUUUGUGGGUGGUGGCGAGCUAGUCGUUGUUUGGGUGGGGUAUUAUGUAGCAAGAAGAGCAGUGUUGCUGACUUUUUUUUUCGUGCACUCACUGCUGUGUCGCGCAGCAAUC